GGGCGCCCGCCUUCCGCUUCCCUUUCACCAGGAGCGCUGCUGCUUGUCGUCGGAGCAGCAGUCAUGGCAGCGGGGGAGGCUUCCAGGGCGUUGGUAUACGGCGGUAGAGGGGCUCUGGGCUCCGCCUGCGUGCGGCACCUGCGGUCGAAGAACUGGUGGGUGCUCAGCAUUGAUUUAGCAGAAAACCAAGAGGCAAGCGCCAACGUCGUGGUGCAAAUGGGCGAUUCGUUUGUGGAACAAGCAGAGCAGGUGACAGAAGACGUUGGAAAAGUCCUGGGUGAAAAGAAAGUAGAUGCUAUCCUAUGUGUAGCUGGUGGAUGGGCUGGAGGCAGUGCCAAGGCGAAAUCUUUAUACAAAAACAGUGACCUGAUGUGGAAGCAAAGUGUUUGGACAUCAACCAUCUCUAGUCACUUGGCUACUAAAUACCUGAAGGAAGGGGGGCUAUUGACUCUAACAGGUGCAAAAGCAGCAUUAGCUGGGACCCCAGGAAUGAUUGCAUACGGCAUGGCCAAAGGAGCUGUCCAUCAACUCUGUCAGAGUCUCUCUGGUUCAAACAGUGGCCUCCCUGCUGGCGCUGCAGCUGUUGCGAUUCUCCCGGUUACCUUGGAUACUCCAAUGAACAGGAAGUCCAUGCCAGAGGCUGACUUCAGCUCCUGGACACCACUAGAUUUCAUUGCAGGAAUCUUUUAUGACUGGAUCAUGGGUAAAAACCGGCCCGACUCUGGAAGUUUGAUCGAACUGGUAACAACUGGAGGAAAAACUGAACUUUCACUGGCCCACCUCUGACCCAAGAGUGACAUUUGUGCAAAUAGGAGUGAAAUCAUAAAGAUAUAAAAUCUGUCUAGUGUGUUUAAUCGCCUUCUGUUCCUGCCCAUUAUCUGGCCUUAAUUGGAACCAGAACUGCAGUUGUGUUUGCCUUGCUAAAUGUGACCCAGUGAGACUUAAUUAUCCAAAGGAGCAAGUCGUCUUGCAUUUAAUCAGAGAAAUGAGUUUCAAAAUGGAUUAACAUCUUAAUUUUGCAGAGUGAAAACCAGGGAGGAAGAGCAAGUGAGAAGCGAGUGAUAAAACAUGGCUCACGUGGCAAAUCAUACAACUUACCGUAUUUUUUGCACUAUAAAACGCACAUCCCCCCCUCCCCCCAAAAAAGUGGCUGGAAAUGUCUGUGCAUCUUAUAGAGCAAAUGUAGCCAAAGCCCCACGCACCCGCCAGCCCCUACCUUCAGCCUCUGCCUCCCAGCAAUUUGCCUCCUUGAAGCAAAUAGCAAACAGCCUGGUCACCAGUUGUUCCAGAUUGCGGGGAUCAUUGCUGAUAGCUGCCGCCACCUAUCACUGUUUCCACUUGCCCCAAUUGUGGCCUCCACAUGUCCUGUUUUUGGCCGGUUCCGGGCAGCAGCAAUCAGCGGCGGCAAUCCCCACAGCCUGGAACAGGCCAAAAAUGGGAUGCGUAGAGUCCAAAAAUGGGGUGCACGGAGGCUGAAAAUGGACCAUGCGGAGGCGGUGAUAGGUGGCAGCAGCUAUCAGUGACAGUGCAGCCUGGAACAGCUGAUUGGCGGUAUUCCAGGAGGCCGAUCCAACCACCAAUCAGCUGCUCACGCUAAAUCAUGCUGAAGCUGACCAGGCUGUUUGCUAUUUGCUGCAAGGAGGCAAAGACAGAUUUUUUUAAAAUUGUUUUCCUCCCCAAAAGUUAGGUGCAUCUUAUGAUCUGGAGCAUUUUAUAAUACAAAAAAUACGGUAUGUAUUUGCAACUGAUCUUGGUGUGCAAGUACUGAAGAAUGAGGUUUACAUUGGGACAUCCCUGCCCUCAUUUACAGGUGAGGCUGCUGUGAAUGGAAAAUUAUCAUCUUGUAGAAUACUUGUAAAACAGUGAAUGGCCAUCUUGAAUGUUCCCCAGGUAAAUGUGCUUAGUUGUCAUAUUAAUUCUGACCAAAGAUGCAAUACUGUUACUGUCCUUGGAAUAAUUAGGACUAUGUCAAAAGGUUUUGCAAAGACCAAGAACAAAACAAGAGUGUGUAUUCUACCUUCCCAGUUCACAACCAAGAACAAAACAAGAGUGUGUAUUCUACCUUCCCAGUUCACAAAAAAUGCCCUAAAUACAACCUAGAGAAUGUGAGUGUUGCCACUUAAUUCUUCAUUCCCAAGUACUUUCUUACGUUUUUUUACAAAUGCAGAAAGAAGGGGAUAUUUAGAAGAGUCUGUUUAACAUGGACAUUAUUGUUGUCAUUUGCCUUAAAAGCAAUGAAAAAUUGUCAGUGCAGAGUGCCAGUUCUCAGGGCUGGUAUAUCUGGCAUAUUCCUGCUAUCAUGUGCAUAAAGAAGGCUAUUGACAUUAUUUUUUCUUCAACCCACACCAGUGAUGUUGCCAAGUUGUAGCUAAGGGUUUUUAAGUCGACAUGUUCCUUACCAUUCUUGAUCCAGGGCAAAAGAUUUAAUCUUUGGUGUGUUUGACUUUGCAUCUGAACGAAAAAUGGUAAUUUUCCUAGUAGCCAACAGGAAGGGAUGGUUUCAUAUACACAAAUAGGUUACUGAUUGGCUUACAACUGCUUGGUGUUGGCAACAUUUGGCAGAUGCAGAAUGUUUAGACUUUGGCCCCAAAAUGUUCUGUCUAAAUCAGGGUUGUCAAACUCACGACGUCAUAGCGGCAUCACAUGACGUAUCAGGAUUUUUUUCCCCCUUCGCUAAACUGGGUGUGUGAAUGGCCAGUGCGUGAUGCAUCUGGCCCAUGGGCCGGGAGUUUGUCAGCCCUGGUCUAAAUGGUGUUAUUCUGAAGAUGAUCUGGCAGUUUUGCAGGAGUAAAUCUGAACC